UCCUGUCAAACGUCAAACUACCAAACAUGGUGGUCAAUGUUGUGUUUUUUUUUGUAGAGCUGGUUGUUUCGGCAUCUUAUUUUCAAAGAAAAUUUAAACUGUAGCCGCCGUAUUCCGUCUCUACUGAAGCGAUAGCGUGUGCUCCUUCUUGUGUGGUUUGUUUUGCGCAUUGUUCGUUGCAGAGUGCUAAUCAUGAUGGCGAAACGUAAACAAACGACUUGGACCCGUUGCUGGCCCAGCGCAACCAGCCCCGGGGAUAGAUGAAUGCAUGGAUAGCGAUGAGAAUGUGUGGGGAAUGUUGUUCCUACCAGUCCGAAAGCAGAAGCAGUACCAGGGUUUGUAUUGCGUGCACUAAAUACCUUCCUUCAACCCGCCACCAUCAACGGUCAAAGCAGCAGCGUACGCACCUCCCCGGGCCGCAUCCUAAAAUUGGGAAUGAGAGCACCAUGAGGGCUAAACUUAGAUAAUCACGGAAGACAUCGUGUGUCGCGAACGCGUGCCGCCAAUGCGUGGUACGCAGUCUCAUCCUCAUUUGUCUUCCACUGCGCCAUACGAAGAGUAGUUGCAAAGCUAACCAUUAUUGGCUUCUCAGUAUGGCGACAUACAACAAUGCUCACUGGCUGCUGUCUCACAUCCGGAACUCCUUCAUCUCCACUGACGAUACCGGUGUCAGUGAGACGGUGAUGGUGAUGGAGGACAUGCCGCUACAGUUUGCGAAACGAUUUCGAGAGACACAGGCGCGAAAUGCUGAACAAAUUCCCAAACCCGACACUACAGUGGAAGAUGACGAUAGCGAUGACUCUCCCGGCAUCGAUCGAUUGCAAGACGAACGGUUCGGUGUGGACUUUCAGUACUUCUACUCGUACCCGGGCCUCGAUGACACGGAUGAGGAAGAUGCGGACACUUUAUCACAGUCGUACGAUAUACAGAUGGAUCAGGACAGUGGAUUCCAUCGGCAGCGUUCGAAUACAGCGCAGAAGCUGGAAAAGCUCGAGCUCGCCCGUAUAAUGGCGUCACUGACGAAGAGCGUCAAGCUGGACGAUAGUUCCGUCCAGCAAUCGGAGGAAGACGAUGACAGCGAUCAAUUGUUCACCCGUCGAUCCACAUCCUCGUUGGAGCGCGAGCCAUCGUCUGCCAAGCGGUUAAGCUCCACGCUCACCGAACAAAUGAACGCAUUGCCCAAUCUACCGCAGAACCAGUUUCUCCAGUACGCCAAGUUCGAUGGCACGGGCCACAUCGAGGUGCCCGUGCGCACGUUUAAAGUAUUCGUUCCCGCCCUCCCGGAGGAGCAGCGUGCCUUUCCGUUGCCUAUAUGUGUACUAGCCACUGCCAAAAUACAGGAUUUUAUCGGGCUGAUUUGCUACAAAUGCACGAUCGCGAACCCUGCCGUAGAACUGCGUUCCGUGCGCCACUACGGUCUCUACAUGACGGAGGAGGACGGUGAGCUGGACAUGGAUUUUCCUCCACUGGACAUUAACGAACCGUGUUCGAAGUUUCGCUUCACGCACCUCGUAAUGGCGGAGCGACAGCUCGCGACAAGUGUAAACCAGCAGCCCGUCCUACCCACCAGCUCCAGUGGUCAAUCGCUCCGCUUCCAGGCGUUCAGCACGGAAUGGAGCACGAGCCUGACGACACCAACAUCCGCCACGGCCCCAACCACGACACCCGCCAGUGCAAUGAAACUGGUAAAGCAGCAAUCGGAACCCACUGGAGCAUCCUCUCCAGUGCAGCAGCGAUCGCAGCAGACAAGCGGCGACGGUAGGAGCACAUUGCCUCGCAUCAGCAACCAGCAGAAGGAAGAUCUGGACCGCAUCAAAGGCCACACGUCGAAGAUUGAAGCUCCGCUGUACCGAACGUUCCAGGUGAACAUUUUACACAAAUCACGGCUCAAGACGGAGGUUCAGCUGGGCAUUUCCGGGGACCGGUUCGAAAUUGAUCCGAUACCGCACAACCCGAGCAAAUUCUGGAGCCGUCAAAAGCCGGCCUGCCAUACGAUGGAUUCGGUAGCCGCCUGCAGCAUAGUGGAUCGAAAACAUUCGAAAGCAGUGUUGCGGUUGGUGUACUGUGCCGGUAACGUCGUGAGCGGUGAUACCGAGGGACCGGUCAUUUUUAAGCAUUACGAUAUAGAAACUACGCCCGACAUGGCGGAACAGAUCGUGGAGAAGGUGAACAACAUUCUCGAGGUGCGGUUAAGCCCGAUCCGGCGCGAAUAUAUGCGACGGCGCGGUAAAUUUAAGCCACCAUCCAGUGCGUAGUAGCUACAGAACUCGCGUAAGUUGAGAGAGGAGAAGAACAUUUACCUAACAUUACUGCCAUUUUAUAUGUGUGUGUGUUUUGUGUGCGUAGGACACAGGACACAUUUCAGUCGAGUUUCGGAGGAGAGAAAAUUAAUGGAAAAGAGCUAUUUAUUCAAUCCAUUCCCAACCAGAAAAAUUAAUCACCGAUCCGCUCGUUUCCGAUGGUAGUGGGCAUGAUCGUGCAGAGGCAGUGGCAAAUUCGAUCGUCGGGCGAUAUUUCGAUUGCUUUACGGGUUGCAUAAAAUCAUCCCACGAUAGUUUUUAGUACGUACGAAACAUGGUCAUACAAGCUUUAAUAUUUAUAUGUAUAUUUUUUGCAUCUUUCCUCUCAGCUACACCUUUUUUCUUAAAUGCACCGUUCAACGUACCGUAAAGCAAGCGUUUCUGCCACUCGUAUGCUUGACUAUCGAAUCCCGAAUCUUCACGAUUCCGGGCUUGCGUGUUCUGUGCCCUGCUUUACGCGAUCAUGCCACGGAUCGGAAAUUCCUUGUAUACACACAUUGAAAAGAAAAGCAAGCCAACAAGACUCAAUAGACUAUACUUUACCGAGAUACCGAGAUGAUAGCCAAUUCACAGCCAGCGUUAAUGCAGCAACAAACAACAUUCACAAAAACAGCGUUAAGUAAAUAGUCAGUGCGAUUUGCAGCCACAGCCAGAAUGCCGGUGGCGUUGGUAAUAAUAGUGCAAUUUAGAUUUCCUUUCUUGUUGUUUGAUAGACUUUUAUUUUUGGUUUUAUCAAUAUACAAUUAUGCAAAUGUUCAGCGUUUGCGUACAAUCACGAAUGGUAGCGCUAAGCAGCAAAAGCAGCAAACACUUACAAUUACUUUGAAACAGUACAGUACACUACAAAACAAACCAGUCAACGUGUUCAGCUUAUCGCGUGCUGUUGCCUUUAUCCACACGCGCGCAUCCUUAGUCUACAGUCGAACCAAUAAUGCGAAUAAUCGAUCCUUCAACCGGCCCGAUCAGAAUCGGAAUGGUUUAUUAAAUGUUCAUUAGGCAGUUAAGCGAUAGGCGAAGGGAGCAAUAGUUCGAAUCGGUGUGGUGUUUGGCCGGAGUCGGGCGUUCUUAGCAACUUCGAUUUCGCGCCCGGUUUGAUUUGUUCGUCCUCUAGUUUAUUCGAUUGGUUUACGAUAAAAGGGCAGAAAUAAUAUAUAAAUGUGAAACAAUGUGUUCCUUUAGCCGUUAGACAGAGAUUAGUUAAGCAGCUAGGAUUAAUGAAGCAUUAGCGUGUAAGACGGAGUGGCCAGGGAGGUACCUCAAGGCUUGCAUGUAUAGUGCACCAUCCGCAGGACUUAUUUAUCUCUAUCCUUAGUUACACUUGCGGUAAGCAUAUUUCUAAACGGCGUGCGCUUUUCAAGGUAAACUGUUUUGCCACUUUAUCCGCGGACAGCAUCCGAUCGGUCAACAAUCGCUUCUGUAAGGAUAUAGGUACAGCAGCAAAUGCGCUUAAGAUGAGAUGUAUUUUAUGUUGCGUUUAUUUCUGCAAAAAAAAGGAUUAUUUUAUAAAUUUAUAGGCUGCAGCAAUGAAAACAUAUUAAUUAGCCGGGUGAACCAUAUCAGGUUGCGUUGAUGCGUUCAAACAAGUUCCUGACGUGCUGCAGUGCAAGGGUGCACACACAUUGUAACGGUGCAGUUUGAAAGUUUUUCCCAUUGUUUCCUACGUACAUAUAUGUUCGGUGCAGCAAGGCAAAGGGAAUGAGAACAGGCAUAUAUCGGGCAGUUGUUCUCAAAAAAAAAAAGGAAGCUGCGAGAGCCUUCAGCUCCGGUUCAAGCAUAGAUAACAAUCAGUUGUAAGUAUUGAGUAAAGCGUGUGGAAGGCGUUACAUUUAAAGAUCUAUAAAAUUCUCUUCAAACAAAA